UUGCACUUUGCAGAGGAAACCAAAAAAAAAAAACCAGCAAAUUUUGCAGCCAUAUAUAAACGACUUGGAACUUUUCAAUAUCCUCCUCAUCUUCCAAAUCUCAGAUUCUCAAUCCUCCUCCACCCUAUCCACUAUACCAACAGGCCCAACUCCAACGAGCAACAACAACAACUGGUAGCAGUGGUAGUUUCUUUACUUUGCAUAUUCCUAUUCUCAGCUCAGAGUCAAUACCAGUAAUAAAUUCAACGGUAGAUGAAACCACCACCUCCGUAGUUGAAUCCCUACAAAUUUUUCACACCAGUAAGAAUUAGAGAAGUAAAGAAGAUAAUGGGGACUGGUUCAUCAAAAAACCCAGACUGCAGCAGCUCCCAUGGCAGCGACGACAGGGAAGACCAAGGCGGGGGUCAGCUCUACGUCUCCCUUAAAAUGGAGGAAAACAGUUACCUCCUCAAAUCCGAACUCAUUCCCCACGUCUACGGCUCCGUUCCCCUCGUCGGCUCCUGGGACCCCUCCAAAGCCCUUGCAAUGGAACGCGAAUCCUCCUCAAUGUGGGAAUUGAGCUUCGUUGUCCCACCUAAUCACGAGACAUUGGAUUUUAAGUUUCUGUUGAAGCCCAAGUACAGCAAUUCGCCAUGUGUAGUGGAGGAAGGUCCCAACAGGCUGUUAACAGGGGGAACAUUACAAGGGGAUGCAAGGUCUGCAGUGUUCCGAUUGAGUGGAGGUGAGGUUCUUCUUGAGUAUAGGGUGUUUAUAAAGGCCGACAGGGUUUCCCCAUUUGAUCUCGCGGCUAGUUGGAGGGCUUAUCAGGAGAAUCUUCAGCCUUCUACUGUUCGUGGUAUACCGGAUGUUAGUAUGAAUUCCGUACCAGAGUCGGGUACCGAGAAUUGUUCUUCAGCAAGUUUGGAGCUUGAUCUUGAACACUAUGUUGUCCCAGCUCCAACAACGUCUGCAAACUCUGGAUUGCUUUAUGCAGCUAAUAUGACAGAAACUCCUAGGUCACUGAGUCAUGCUAACGCAUUCUCCAAAGCAGCUGGUGGUGCAUCGCACCCCGUCAGUAUUGGUGUUCCCACUGAAAGACCUGCAACUAUCAAGGAGAUGGAAGUCAUUGUUCCCGACCCAACUAUAGUGUAUUCAAGUUCUGGCAUUGUUGAAUCGAAGUCAGUAGGAACAUUGUCAUCAUUGCAGAAGCAAGAUGGUCAAAGAGGACUAUUUGUGGAUAGGGGUGUAGGAUCUCCAAGGCUAGUCAAAUCACCUAGUUUAACUACUUUUACUGUUGAUCAGAAUGUUCAUUCAGAAGCCAAGAACCCAAUACCAGCAGCUGCAGGCGCUGUUGCUGCUGCAGCUGUAGCAGACCAGAUGCUAGGUCCAAAGGAGGAUAGACAUCUAGCUAUUGUCCUGGUUGGCUUGCCUGCUAGGGGCAAAACUUUUACGGCAGCUAAACUCACUAGAUAUCUUCGUUGGUUGGGUCAUGACACCAAACACUUUAAUGUGGGAAAGUACCGAAGACUAAAGCUUGGGACUAAUCAGUCUGCUGACUUCUUCCGAGGAGAUAAUCCAGAAGGCAUAGAGGCGCGCAAUGAGGUAGCAGCUUUAGCUAUGGAGGAUAUGAUAGCUUGGAUGCAGGAGGGUGGCCAAGUAGGGAUAUUUGAUGCUACAAACAGUUCCAGGAAAAGACGGAAUAUGUUAAUGAGAAUGGCUGAAGGAAAAUGCAAGAUUUUUUUUUUAGAGACAAUAUGCAAUGAUCGCCAGAUAAUUGAAAGAAAUAUCCGCCUCAAAAUUCAACAGAGCCCUGACUAUGCUGAAGAACCAGAUUUUGAAGCUGGAUAUUGGGAUUUCAGAAGUCGACUUGACAAUUACGAAAAAGUUUAUGAAACUGUAGAAGAAGGUUCUUACAUCAAAAUGAUUGACAUGGUCAGUGGUCAUGGUGGACAAAUACAAGUGAACAAUAUUAGUGGCUAUCUUCCUGGGCGUAUUGUCUUUUUCUUGGUGAAUACACACCUAACACCUCGUCCAAUCUUGCUGACGAGGCAUGGAGAAAGUCGAGACAAUGUCAGGGGCAGAAUUGGGGGUGAUUCUGUUUUGAGCGAUACUGGAGAGGUUUAUGCUAAGAAACUAGCUAAUUUUGUGGAAAAGCGUCUGAAAAAUGAAAGAGCAGCUUCUAUAUGGACCAGCACAUUGCAGAGAACAAUUUUGACUGCUAAUCCAAUUGUUGGAUUUCCCAAGAUACAAUGGCGUGCACUUGACGAGAUAAAUGCAGGUGUAUGCGAUGGGAUGACAUAUGAAGAAAUUAAGAAAAACAUGCCCGACGAGUAUGAGUCACGAAAAAAGGACAAGCUGAGAUAUAGAUACCCUCGUGGCGAGUCUUACCUGGAUGUUAUACAAAGGCUAGAGCCUGUGAUUAUUGAGCUUGAACGACAACGGGCACCUGUUGUGGUGAUAUCUCACCAGGCGGUACUGAGAGCUUUAUAUGCUUAUUUUGCGGAUAGACCAUUGAAGGAAAUUCCGCACAUAGAGGUGCCGCUUCACACAAUUAUAGAGAUACAAAUGGGAGUAAGUGGUGUCCAGGAGAAAAGAUACAAGCUCAUGUAAGUUUAGGUUCUAUUAGGAAGUUCUUUGCCUGACUUUUGCUACUCAUGAUGCUUGGUCAAGGCUUCAUUCCUUAAAACUCUUAUUGGAUGCGGAUGCCUAUAGCUUCAAUUGUUUUUGAGUAGCGAUUCAAUUUUCUCAAACAGCGAUACGGGUCUAAUCCUGAAUUUUGUCUUUGGACUACUAAAAAAAAUAAAGGGAAAGAAGAACUGUCCUUUGAUUCCA